CUUCUGCGAGACUGCGCACUCCCACUGAUUACACACAACAUGGAUAGUCCGCCCACGGCUCGAACUCCACACAGCAGUUAGGUGUGUGUACUGGAGAUCUACUUUUGGCACGACUUCCGGCGUAGUGCGCAAGCGCAGUCAGGCAUGAACUCACAUCGGGUGGAAUGUUAAUGAACACAUUUUACUUCACUAUUAGACGUUAAUUACUUAUUUUAAAAGAUGUACAAGUUUGUGUAAGUAGCAUAGCUUUGACUUUUGUAUUCGAUGGUCGAUUAAAUCGUAUAAAUAAGGUUGGUACACGUCAAAUGGGCGCCAGUGAUUCUGAUUGGUGGAUGCCGUUUCCGGUCGCAGAGCUCCUCAUUUGAAAAGUGUUCGGUUAACGUUGGCUCGGUCGCCAUUGUUAAAAGACGGUGUUUGCAAUGUUGCUAAAAGUGAAACGUAGAGUUUAACAACGGUGUUCGUCCAAGGAGUCAAGGAGCAAGUAAUAUCGGCCUUUUGUUUUUAAGAGCCCAAAGAUGGCUCAACGUGUGGCGCUACCAGAUGGAGGAAACAACAAGAAGACGACCCGGGUUCGGGUAGCGGUCCGUCUGCGACCCUGUAUGGGCAAACAAGAUGAGAAAGACGAGGGACCGUGUGUCAGAGGCCUGGACUCACAAAACGUGGAAAUAGUGAACUGGAGAAACGCCACGGAAUCAGUCAAAUACCACUUUGAUGCCUUUCAUGGUGAGCAAACGACACAGCAGGAGGUUUUCCUCUCCUCAGUGAAGCCCAUUUUACCACACAUAUUGAACGGGCAGAACGCCAGUGUCUUCGCCUAUGGACCCACUGGAGCCGGUAUGUUAGUUGCUGUGUUUUUUGUCACUGAACUGGUCUGCGUUGUGCGGUCGCAGCGCGCCCUGCCCCAGAGACAACAGACAGGAAAGCUGUACUUGGUCGACUUGGCUGGGUCUGAGGACAACCGCCGCACGGGCAACCAGGGCAUCCGUCUGAAGGAGAGCGGUGCCAUCAACCUGUCUCUCUUCACUCUCAGCAAAGUGGUGGACUCUCUUAACUCUGGCACUGCCAUCCGCGUGCCAUACAGAGACAGUAAACUGACACGGCUGCUACAGGACUCUCUGGGUGGCUCAGCGCACUCCGUCAUGAUCACCAAUAUUGCGCCCGAGUACAAAUACUAUUUUGACACCUUUAGCGCACUCAACUUUGCUGCCAAAUCCAAGCUCAUUGUGAACAAACCUUUCACUCGUGAAACUGUGGCCUUGCCCGUACUGCCAGUGAAGCGGGCCAGAGAAGACCACGAGGCACGGGGGUCUGGCACUGAGCCACAGAAGAAGAGGCAGAAAGACGAGAGGAAAUCUGAACAAGAUGGUUCCUCACCCUCUGCACAUUUUAACAGUCUGUCAGAGCCGUCAGUAAUGGACAGACUAAUCGCUCUGGAGAAGCUGAUGAUGAACUGCCAGGACAAAGAUAGACUUGGGAUGCUGAAAGAUGUGGCCCAGUCUCGCAAGGAAAUCCAGGAGCUCAAAGAGAAGCAGAAGGAAUUUGAGAGCAAGGCCAUGCAAUUCAGCCACUUGACUGGAGAAAAGUCCAGUGCCAAACAGGAGCCUGCCUUCAAAAACAAUACGGCUCCUCUGCACAGAAAACCGUCAACUGCCACAAAACCAAAUAAGCAGCAGGCUGUGGUCCAACCCCUACAAGUGUCGCAGCUCCAGCCUCUUCAGCAGCUUGCAGUGGUCAAGAAACAGUCAGUCUGCGUCAAGAAGAAAGGGAGGAAGCUUUCAGACCAGGUUGAGCCUCCAGAUGGUAAAGAGAACGUAAUGGAGACUGGCUGGGAGUUCCAGCUGGAUACGUCGGUGCUGGAGCAGUCCAGACAGAAAAUCCUGCAGGUUCUCAACACCGGCUGCCUCAAAGACCUGAAGGGUCUGCAGCAGAUCGGCGACAAGAAGGCGAAGCUCAUCCUGGGCUGGAGAGAGAUCCACGGUCACUUCACAAAGUUGGAAGAUCUGGGAAAAGUUGAGGGUAUGACAGAAAAGAGAUUUUCCUCCUUCAUGAAGGCAAACAUCCUGAGUGCCAUGGGGAAAUGAUUUUAUUGUUUUUUUUUAAAUGUUUUUUUAUGUAUAUAAUUUCUUAAAGCGUUUGUCGUUUUUUGCUUUAUUUUAUGAUAUUUUUGUAGUUACUACUGUGUUCCAGCUGAUGGUGCACUGUUGCUUUUAAUAAAAUGCUCACAUGUCA